AUGCCUCAUUUAAAAUUUAAUUGCAAAUUGGAUUCAAUUUUGGAAGAGGGGUCGCCAUACCCUGCAGAACCGUUUAAAUCUCAUUGGAGACCAAUAGAACCAUCAGUGUAUCACUCAGAAGGAGCUCGUAUGGAAGCCGCUUUUCGAAAAUAUAUUCAUCGUGCUGACCCUUCGCAGAAAGAAGCUAGUUAUGAACUUAUUGUUUGUCAUGCCAAUCUGAUUCGUUAUUUUGUUUGUAGGGCUCUUCAAUAUCCACCUGAAGGUUGGGUGCGUUUUAAUGUGGCACAUACCUCAAUAACUUGGAUAUUAAUUCUACCAAGUGGUCAAGUAGCUAUCAACACAGUUGGAGAUGCUGGACAUUUGCCUCCCGAUAAACUUACUUUUCACAAUGUUUAAAGUUUUUUUGUGAAUUAUUUGAAUUUAUGAAUAGGAACGGGUGAAUUAAAUUUAUUUUUGGUUUUUUGUGAUCUCCCAUUAAUUUUUUUUUGAUUUCUACGGGUUGCCUUAUUUGGUGUGCGGACAUAUCGGGAUUGGGGCGACAAAAAUAAUU